AUGGUUCUCUCUGACCUUCAGAACAAGUGUGCUAUCCCCUACAUUGACAACAUCAUCAUCCAUUCGCCGAAUCAGCAGAAGCACCUUGCCGACAUACAACAGGUCUGCCACCGACUACAUCAAGCGGGUCUCAAACUCAACCCUGCUAAAUGCGUUUUCUUGAAGCAGUCCGUCAAAUAUCUGGGACACGUCAUCUCCCCGCACGUGUGGGGCCGAGCUAAAAUACAUGACUGGAAAUACCACGAACAUGACGGCCCACUUAAGACACACCACCCCAAGCAUGCCAAGUUACUAUUAUCAGAGGAAGAACCCACGCACGAUCAGGCUGGGGAAACUUCGGGCAGUCAGAAGACACUGAAACAAGCAUUCCAGCAGCCCUUCGCCAACUCAUCACCACGAGCGACCGCAAUAACACGUCAAGUAGGGGUUUUCAUUGCCGAGGAUCUUCGUCCUUACUCUGUGGUUGAAAAAGCUGGCUUUCAGAAAAUAGUGAAACUUUUAGAGCCCCGAUACAAGGUCCCCAGUCGCCAACAUUUCAGUACAAAGGUAAUCCCAGAGCUCUACAAGGAAACGAAGGCAAAGCUGUUGACAGAACUCAGAGAUGCACCGAUGAUUGCAUUGACAACUGAUGGGUGGACGUCAAGGGCUACAGUCUCUUACAUAACCAUCACUGCUCAUUACAUGUCUGGUGAUGACUGGAAAUUACACAGCCGUGUCCUACAGACUAGGGCCUUGUAUAAAUCACACACUGGAGAACACAUCGGUAAUGUUCUCACCGAUGCAUUAGAAGAAUGGAACAUCAAGCGUCCCAUACAAGCGAUGGGAAAUCCUGUAGUUACUGAUAAUGCAUCAAACAUGGACAUCGCCGUCCGUGAGGCAGGAAUAGGACCGCACGUGAAAUGUUUUGCGCACACCAUUAACCUCGCAACUCAGAGAGGAUUGCAGACACCCGCAAUGGAACGACUUCUGGGCCGUUUUAAGAGAAUCAUAAACUACUUUCAUAGAAGUACAUCAGCUGCAGCUCUGCUCAAAGAAAAACAAAAAAUGCUGCAACUACCAGUGCACAAGUUAUUGAUAGAUGUCAGCACGCGCUGGAACAGUAGUUACGACAUGAUGCAGAGAUUCCUAGAGCAACAACCAGCAAUCGUUGCAACACUCCUCAGUCCAGAACUCAGAAAGGCAUCCAAGGAUAUUUAUACCCUGAAAGAUGAUGACAUAUCAAAUGCAGAAGAAGCCAUUGCUUUGCUGAAGCCGAUGAAAUCUAUCACAGUGAUACUUUGUGACGAAGCUUCUCCCACGAUCUCAUUGAUUCAUCCUCUACAGCACCAGAUCCUCCAAACCAUGACAGCAGUAAAUAAUGAUUCACCUAUGACGAUUAACUUGAAGACUGCCAUCCGAAAUGACAUCACGAAAAGGUAUGCUGAUCCAGAUGUUAUUGCACUGCUUCUGUUGUGUACCUGUUUGGAUCCCAGGUUCCGUGCAUUCACACAUAUUGAUGAAGGGCUACGUGCUGAAGUCUAUGUGACACUGAGAGUCAAGGCAAUUGCUUUGAACACAAAAAUCCAACAACAACAACAACAAGCUGUACAUACAGCUCCUGUACCGCUGGAAGUUGGAGCAAAUGUAACAGAAUCUCAUCAUCCGAUUUCGGACCAUGAAGAAUCAGAUCAAUCUGUUGCAUCGUCUUCCACGUCUGACCUUCAUGGUGAUUCUGGUGAUGGUCAACCAGCAAGGAAGAAAUCUGCACUGGAAGACUUAUUUGGGAGUGGCUUACUGGUUACAGGCUUAGAGCAGCAGCAGACAAUAGAAACACUGAAAGAUCUAAAGUCCGUUGCACGCUACUUGAUCGAUGACGAUGACCUUAUCUAUUAUGCAGCUGAACCCACACGGCAUGAAGACCCCA